UGUGAAAGCUCUGCCAUCCAGUGGCUGACUGUGUGAAACAUGCCUUGGGGAACUAAGGCGUUUGUUCCUACCCGAGUCACAAAACGUGUGGCACCUGCAAUGUAUGUUCGUUUCUUUGCCCCGGUUGCCGUUUUACCAAUGGACUGACACCAGCCAGCAGACAUGCUGCUGAAAGAUCUUCCCAGAGAGGCCCUGAUGCGGCCGCUGUCCAGGAAUGAGGUGGUUGGCAUGCUGGUGAGGUUGACCAUCUUUGGUGCAGCCACGUAUUACAGCAUCAAAUGGGUGGUGGAAGCGAUGGAUCCUACCUCCAAACAGAAAAGCCAAGCCAAGAAGAGGGCAGAACAGCUGAUGAAGAGGAUUGGUGUCGAGGGGGUCAAGCUAACAGAGUAUGAGAUGAACAUUGCAUCGCAACUAGUUGAUCCGCAAUCUAUGAGGGUGUCCUGGAGAGAUAUAGCAGGUCUGGAUGAGGUUAUCAAUGAGCUGCAAGACACAGUCAUCCUGCCCUUUCAGAAAAGACACCUGUUAGCUGGAUCCAGACUCUUUCAGCCUCCUAAAGGUGUAUUAUUGUUCGGUCCUCCGGGAUGUGGGAAAACCAUGAUUGCCAAGGCAACAGCCAAAGCCUCAGGAUGCAAGUUUAUCAACCUCCAGGCCUCCACGCUGACAGACAUGUGGUACGGCGAAUCACAGAAGCUGACUGCUGCAGUCUUCUCAUUAGCUGUCAAAAUUCAGCCCUGCAUCAUCUUCAUUGAUGAGAUUGAGUCAUUUCUGAGGAAUCGCUCCAGCCUGGACCACGAGGCCACGGCCAUGAUGAAGGCCCAGUUCAUGAGCCUGUGGGACGGCCUGGACACCUCCUCAACCACUCAGGUGAUGGUGAUGGGAGCCACAAACAGGCCACAUGAUGUGGAUCCAGCCAUUCUGCGCCGGAUGCCCACUACUUUUCACGUUAGCCUGCCUAACAUAAAGCAGAGACAAGACAUCCUGAGGCUGAUUCUAGCAGGAGAAAACCUGAGCAACGCCAUUAACCUGAAGGAGAUCGCAGAGAAGACGGACGGCUACUCCGGCAGCGACCUCCGGGAGCUGUGUCGCGAUGCUGCCAUGUACCGAGUCCGGGACUACGUCCGCAAGGAGCAGAUGAGGCUGAUCGCUCAGCAGCUUCAGGACUGCCAGGAGGAGGAGGAAGAAAAACCUGUCGAUGAGGAGCGCUUGCGGCCAGUCACCCAGCUUGACCUCCUCUUUGGCCUGGACAAGAUGAAGGAAUCUAAGCGGGCCACAGCCUUCAUGUUACCCGGCGUGUCAGAGGUUCCUCUGGACUGAAUGCCAUCCAAGCACCACCGAGGGGAAGUGUUUUCUCCUCGCCUUUGUCCACAGAGUGUUUCAGCUCACCUAGCAGAGACGCCGCCAAAAUGUCAGAGGUGCAGUUGGAAAUGCCAGCAGACAGCCAUACUUUUUUAAACUUUGUUUACCCAGGCAGGGGGUUCUUCAGAGCAUGCUCAUUCCAGCACAGACCCACCACAUGUGUACAGUUACAUUUCGAAAUCUACCCUUCCUGCAUACUGUCCGCUGACCUGCUCCACUGGAAAACAGUCAGUGUCUUGCUCAAAGGCACUGUGACGGUUUGUCUAGAGAAGUACAAAGCAGUUAUCCUAAACCUUCUCACUCUGCAUAAAGCCAGUCCAUCACUGACUUACACAUGAUUAUAACCUAUUGGGACUCCAGACUCACCAGUGUAGUCAUUUUCUUUGCUGAUUGAUUUCCAAAUCAGCUUUCACUCCAGUUCAGGUGUGUUUUAUGGAUUAAAAACACCUAAAUAACUUGAUAAAUAAAUAACAUAAUGUUAUUCAGGCACUAUGGAAGAAGUGGUUCAGCUCAUCCUGGUGCUUUUAGGUCACGCUACACACUUUGCAAGCAACGUGGUAGAAUAAAAAGAAAUGGCUCAUAAUUUUUAGUUUCAGGAAUGUCAUAAUCUAAUGAAAAAACAGACAUUGUGUAUGUUUUACUCUCUUCAAAUGUCAGUUUUAAGCUUAAAUAUUGAAAGUGAACACCUCUUCCAUUUUCAGCCCUUGUCUUCUUCCCCUGAAUCUGCUUGAAUUGAACCUGAAGUGACGGUUGCUCCCAUCUGUCAGACGUAUUGAUACUGCUUGGACUUUUAGAAACUGUUUAAUUUCAUCACUAUUUGUGUUCCAUGUUUGAGCUACUUUUUUUUUUUUUUAAUUUGUUUGGUUGCAUUUUUGCUUUUUAAAUUACGUACAGGAUAUGUUGAGGAUAUGUGAUACUCAUGUAGAGCUUCAGCUCCCAAGGAGCAUUAGUUCAGAAUAUUUCUUCUGAAAUUACAGUAACACGUAACAGUUAAAUGUGUGUUUUUUGUCAUGAAAUCAACACUGAUAUAGAUGCCAUAAAAUCACAAUACAUAUAUGACAGAUAAGAGCAAGAGAGGGAGGUAACAUUAGCUAAGGUCGUAUCGGCGCCUGUCAUUCUGAUGGAAAUUUGUGAGACUGGAGUCAUUGUGACAGGAUUGUUUUAGUUAAAAUAAGUCACAAUAUGAGUUCACAUUGAAUAUUAAAGCUUCAAUAGCGAUGCACCCUGUAAGCAUUUAUUUCCCACAGUUGUUCAUAUGUCCAAGUACAGAAAGAGGGUCACUACUUAAACACUUGAAUGGAAACUAUAGCUGUAGUGAUACGAGCCUGUGGCAGCAAUAAACAGACGGUAACAUUCUGUUAUCUCAAUAAUCGUUAUUCUACUACUAAGUGGCUGUAAAAAUAUACUAUUGCCUCACUAAUCAGCGUUUGUUGUUAGCGUUAUUGUUAGUACGACUGUGCUGCUGUGUGCAGUGUAUAGCACUGAAGCAAAAUCUUGGGUUAGAUUUAAGGCCAAGACUUUGAAUGCAGCUAAAGAUGAUUAAUUGUCUUCAGUGUAUUUUGACGCACAAGAAAAAAGCAAGACCUGUUUUUGUUUUUUGUUUUAUUCACGAAGACAAUAGCUGAUCCUUCCUCGUCUUAAAAUCUCGCCUGUGUUUGUCACCAAUUAUUUUUUUAAUGUCAUUUAUCAGGUCUUUCUCAUUAUCAGGGACACCACAUUGUUUUGUUUUGUUUUUGUAAUGGACUUUUCAUGUCAUCUAAAGACUGACAUCAGAUGCUGCAAAACAUAUCAGGGUUUUCUCUGUCUCGUAAUUGUCAUUUUAAGAAGAGAAUGACUUUCAGACCCUGACGCUUUCGAUCAGUUCUCAGUCAGGCAUAUAUCUCCGCCUCUCCCUUGUAUUAAAAGCCACUUUAUUUGCCGUAUGGUCGCAGCAUGUGUUCAUAGAUCUGCUGGUAGGUCUCAUGCAGACCUUUCUCCCACGCAACCUGAACAAGACAAAGCCUGUUUGUAUUCCAGACAUGACCACAUGGUGGCACUGUAGCCUCACUGUCCUGUUACUGACGCAGUUGUUACCGACUGCUUUUCUUUAGAGCACUUUUAUAGCAUUAUGGUGAGACAAUGAAAUAGAGAAACCUGCAUACUGGGUUGUUUCUCCCUUAUUGGUUUAUCCGGUGAUAUUUAGACAUCUGUUGCUCUUCAUUGGAGUACCUCAGGUGACAGUUAAAGGUCAAAAUGUUGCCAUGUAAACCAAUAAUUGUGUCACUGUUGCUUGCAGGUCUUGCAUAAGACCAGUUUAAAUGCUUCUCCUUGCAAUCCCACCUAAGAUCCAUCUAAAUCCUUCAUCAGUUAUGGGUCAGACACUCAUUUAAGCAAUACACAGUGCCACCAUGUUACUAUAAUUAUACUGUCAACUGUAUGUGUGUGCUGAAUGUCAAAUAUUAAACGUGUACUGUAAAGUGUA